CCGCAGUACGCGGAGGGGGGCAAUACUGAACGGUUCGAAAGGGAGCAGUGCUGCACAACUGGCAAGUUUGCGUGGGACCCAGGUAGGAGAUGGACUUCAUCUGUGGGCAACGGCGGACAGUCUAGAAACCGGUACGUUUUUGAGGCAACCUGUCGCGGUGACGGAUUCCGAGGAUGAGAGUUCGGCGCCGGAUGGUGCAGGAGCGCUGGGUGGCUCUGGUGCGCUAAAGUCGCCACCCGCGAAAAUCAAGGGUCAAUCACGGAGCAACCCCUUCCGGGUAAGGAAUAGUGUGUACCGACAGCAGCAGUUUUUGGGUGGGGCGAGUUUAGCGACAUGGCACCCCUACGACUUUGAUGUAGACUUGUGCAACCGGCAUCUUUUUGCCGUGCUGCGGCAGCUGCGAAAGGUCCGAAGGGCGCGCAUUCGCGCCGCGGUUGAACCAGCCUUGGUGGGCGGUGGUGCCCCAUCCUCGACGCCAGCAGCAACAGGAUUCUUGACAGGCGAAUGGCAAAUACUCGCUUCCGUCGGUGCAGCGGCCGGCGCGGAAACGAUCGAUGAUUCACGACUCGCGCUCAUGAGCUUCCGAACGGCAUCACGGCUCAUCGCGCGACUUUAUAGCCCACAAUACGAUCCGGUAAAGGACGCCGCUUCAUUCUUCUCUGAUUUUCGGACAACCUGGUGCGCAAGCUCCGGUUACCUUGUGAGCAAUCUUAGGCCUCGUGGCCGCCUGCAUGGAGGAACCGAAGAGAACGAUGUUGAAUUGGUGAAGCCAGCAGUCUCUAUGACUAAUGGAGAGUCCCACGUAAACAAGCACCAGGGCCAGCAAGCAGGGAACAAGACUCGGCAAAACCAAAGGGAGCUCGGCAAUGUGCUAAGUGCUUUGCAAUCGAUGGCGUGGAAAUCAAUUACUGGCAGCACCCCGGGUCGCGCUUUCAUCGGCGAUUCUAAGCACAUUGUGGCGCGGAACCUGCUUCCGCUGUGCAAAAGCCAGCCUCAUUUCCGACCAAUGAGAUCUCACUUUGGCCUCUUUGUGCCGGACGACAACGUAAACGCCGAGGACCGUCUAGGAGAUUCGGCAUCGUAUCAUUUCUUCGAUAUCGUAUGUUCUUUCGCAGACGUGAUGUCCCUGAAGACGCUCAUUAUGGCUAUGAUGCUGCGAAUCAACUACAACUCUUAGAAAGGCGGUGGGUGAACCAGGCAAAAUUCAUAGGUGGCAUGACCAUCUCCUUAAUAUUAUACGGGACUUCCAACUUGUUCAUUUGACUCCAUACAGAUGUGCAAACUACAUGGAGAGACAGGUCAUGCUCUGGUGCCGGAUCGACACUCUGAUCUAUCUUUUAUCUAUCUAUGUAGCUAAGUAAGACCUUUCUAACUUCGAGAAAAACCCGGAGGGUCUUUGUGGCGAAUGGGCGCCCUUGUCGAAGGGAAAGCACCACUUUACCUACAGCGGUACACACCCCUUCAAAAGAAAGGUGGAAAAAGCGAAGACAGGUAAGCUUUGUGAUGUUUUAGUUGGUGUUUGUUGGAUGGAUGGAUGUAUUGCUCUUACUCGUGGAUGUAGAAGGAAAUGGCAAUGCUUGAUGUGCUUCGAGAACUUGGUCCUACGUUUUGCGUGAAUGAUAAUCCUGGUUUACAUAAUUCACUUCUUGCAUGAGAUGCUUGAUAUGUGUAAUGUGACACCCUUGUGCCGAUAAAUCGAGUUGUAACUAAAUAAUAAAUGCUAAAGCUUUCUCCGAACUUCGAUUUUCAUUUUUAUUAGCAACGAACAACUCAGUACUCACAAUUACAAGAAAAGCAGGUCUUCACAAAACAGGGACUAGCACUCCUUCGCUCGCGCCGGAAAUGCUUCCUAUCCGGGAAAUUCGGCAGACAGCGCGGCGAAGAGGACUCCCCUUGAUUUAUAGGGUCGAUGGGGAUCUCGUUUCAGAAGAUUCUUCGUCUGAUUGUAGUACCUCGUCUGAAGGCUCCUCGUCUGAAGCGGAAGCGGAUGAGGUGAACGCGCUGCAAAAUGACUUGUGCACUCUGCUUGAGUCGACGGAGGAGACUGCUGCGAAAUCUUCUGACCCUAGCGCUGCACUAGAAGUAGACAGUCAAAAUGUUAGUAGCAUGAAGAACUCUUCAUCUUCUACGGCCACAACCGAUGAACAGCAAGUAGGACAACAAGUUGCGGCAGUGCUUAGUACGGAAAAUAGUAAUCAAAAACUUUCUAGUACAAUGGCGAAGGCAAAUAAAGAGGUGCAGGACCACUCUAGUGCCGAAGAAAGAAAGGGCUUCGGCAACCACAUGGAAGGGGCGCCGAAGACAGAAACGAAAGGGCAGAAGAUAUCCCGAGAUCCAGACGCGCCUGCUCAAAUAGCCUGUCCAACAACAGGAAAGAGUAAAGGGCGAGGAGCCAAAGUAGAUACAAAAACGGCGGAAAAUGGUCGAAAAAUGGAACCUGAAGUCGCGAAGGAAACAGGACAUGAAAAUGGGGGUGCCGGUGCGCAGAGUCGCAAUGCUGAAGGAUGUGCUGUGGUGACAGCGGAAGUAGAUACAAUGACCCUGCUGAAAGGUACGAUCCUUCCAGGAGCGACAGGAAGUCCUGACGUCUUACAAAAAGAUCAGAAACAAAAUCAACAACACCCACCGGAAUCGGAAGCACGGCCUGUAAUAUUCCCUCCACACAAGAAGUUAAAAGUACGACCGGUGUUUGAUACUCUGGAAACGUUUGGGUUGUUUGAGCCGGGAGCUAGAGGACCGGACGUCCGAGUGUUUUGGAGUGGGCACUUCCGUAUACGAGUAGUAUAUUUCUUUGGCUUUCGAGAAAUUGUGGAUUGGGUUUUUCUUUAUCGAAACUUCUGCGUGCUCGAGGAUGAGCAGAAGGAGGGUGAGGUUCUAGCAGAAGUGCGAAAUAAGUGAUAGGAUACCUACUAAAGGAGCGGAGGACCGCAUCGACCUAAUAGACGUGCGGGGGCAGCCAGAUGAAGGACGGCAGAGUUUCUUUUUAAGUUUGAAUUUUUUCGUACCUGAGGACAUUUGCAGGGCUUUUCCUGCAGGGGAAAUAGUGAGUACAGCUAACGACUUUUUUUUGACAUUCACUUUUCAAAUCAGAAAGCAAUUACAUUUGGAUCAGCAUUGGCAUAGCAAGAAAAAUUGACAAUCACAAUAUCCUCGAUACUCAAACUUUCACAGCUAAAGCCCUGGACUUUUGAUCUGCUAAGCAGGAGCAUCUAAAAGAGACAAUAUAUUUGUAAGCUGAG